UUUACAUUGUUCCUGUUGAAAUAGUAUAUAUUGAAAUAGAUUUAAAUAUAACGAUUUUAUAAGGUUACAAAAAAUCUACAAAAUGUUAAUGAUACUGGAAUAAAUAUAACAAUGCAAUCACAAUGAAGUAAUCAUUAGAACUCUAUCAUUGACUAUUACAUGAAAUCCUGUACCGAAUUAUCCGAAACUUUUUAAUAAGAUACUUCUGAAUAGUAUAAAAUGGCAUGGGAUUUAACUUUAGAUUUUGAAUAUGUUGUAACUAAAAAGACCCAACCUCGUAUGUGUUUUGGAACAACAUUAAAUCGCGAAGUUCUACCCACAAAAGGUCCUAAUUUGAGUCCUUUUAUGAGACGCAAUGCUGGUGAAAUAAGGCCGAAUUUAGGCCCUGGAGUCUAUGAAAAUGACCGUGAUGCCUUUUACAACUUGACACACAGGAUUUAUAGCAAAUUAUACUUUGGACCAAAAUCGCCACGCUGGAAAGCAAAGCAUGAGUAUCAACCACCACCGAAAGAGCCACCUCCUGCUGAGGAAAUGCAUAAAAACUGUGCCCCAUUUAAUUCAACGUCAAAAAGAAAAGGAUUAUUCUCAGCAAAUGAUUAUCCAGCGGCUUGCGAUUACUAUCCCAUAUACAAGAAAAAUGAAAUGAAAUUUUCUUAUUGUUUUAAUGGAAAAAAGACAUUGAAAUGUGCAGUAGAAAUUAAAUGUGUUCCAUAUAAUUUGGACGCAUGCGGAGUAUGUGGUUGUUCUUGUUCGGCUCAAGGAGAUUAUUGGCCGUUUGAAAAUCGCAUAUUUUUAUGCAGAAAACAUUACGCAAGAUUAUUUAAGCACUGCUUAUCCACUUUUCAAGGCGCGAAGUUGGCACAAUUUAAGUCCAUAAGAGAUUGUUUCUUUGCACACGCUCAUAACAGCUGUAAAGCCGCUUUGAAGAUAAUGAAAAUUGAAGAAAUUGAGAAAAAGUUAAGAAAAGAAGCAUAUUUAGAUUUAUAUUUUCCGCAACGCCGCUACUGCAACAAUUAAUUAUUAAAUGGUUGUACAAAUAAAUUGAUAUUAAAUUUCGUGA